AUGAAGUUGCUUAUUGUUCUUCUUAUUCUUGUAACCACAAUAAAUGCUGCCAAGAAUGGAAUUGAUUUCAUUCAACCAGUUUCAGUUGAAACAUUUAAAUGUAUUCACAAAGAUGGAUAUUCUUUCGUAAUUCCAAGAGUAUUUACUUCUGUUGGAACUCUUGAUCAUACUGGAAUUCAAAAUGUUAAACACGCUAGAGAAGGAAAUAAAUCAUUUAAGAAUACGUUUGUUAACGGUAGAAAAAUUUCAGCUGGUUUAACUGACGUUGAUGGAUACAUUUUUCCUUGUUUGGCAUCUCAUUGUCCAUCUGCUGCAAACCAAGUUAAAGAAACUCUCGAUGCUCUGAAGAGCGCUGGUACUCAUGUAUCCACCCUUUGGUUGGAUAUUGAACGUCUUGCAUGGCCUGCUAAUCAUGCUCAUAACCGUGCUUUCAUUGAAGAAAUGGUUAAAGAAGCCGAGGCUAGAAAACAACAUGUUGGAAUCUACAGUAACUACUACAACUGGCAAGAUAUAGUUGGAUUGGAUUACCAUGGUCAAUCUCAUUUAAUGCUUUGGUGGGCAACAUACGAUGGAAUCAAGGAUUUCUCAAAAUUCGUAGCUUUCGGCGGAUGGAAAAAACCAACAAUUCAUCAGUGGCAUGGAACUACCAAAGGACCAUGUGGAGUCAGUGUUGAUUUGAAUUAUGUUCCAUAA